AUGCACAUCAACCCCUACAGGUCCUUCCUUGUUCUGUUACUCCUUGGGUGGGUGACGCUGCUCUGUGAUUUUAUAGCAGCAGUAUCAGCACAAGCUGGCUGUACCGCUGAGGACAUGGCUAUUGUCAGGCACAGCGAGCACGAUGAGGCUGCCCAAAAGGAGGAUGGCAUGGUGAAAGGGACAGCUGGUGCCUUUGAGACAAUCCACCAUCUUGCAGCGGAGGCAGCAGCUUCCGCUGCACGGGCCCAUGAGGCCGUAACUGCAGCAACAGCAGCCGCUGCUUCCAUCGUGUACAGUGAGUCCUCGGAUGAUUCCGAGGAUGGUGAAGCCAGAAGUCAUUCGGAUGGUGCGGGGAGUACACCGGGUAACCUUCGAGCUUCGGUGCAAUCCACAGUGAUCCUCGGGGGGAGAGCAGCUCGAGAGGCUGCUCAGGCAGCCCAAUACGCGGGAGCGGCCGCCGCUGCGGCAGCCGCAGCAGCCGCUGCAGUCGCAGCAGCUGCAGCAGCUGAAGUGUCUGACUCGGCUGAGUCAGAGGCAUCUUCUGAGAACCGAAAUGAAUUUCCUCAACGGAAGCGGAACGGACCGCAUCCCUCAACUUUGUUCUUUCAGCUGCUGGAUAACUGCGGCAGGCGGUCUCUAGGGGAUACGGAGAAAACGUCAAACUGCUUGAUACAGCAGGUGCAGCAGCAGAUGGAUCGGGAGUUUAGCAGCAGCUGCGCCACCUGCUUCGGAGAGUCGGCUCAUUGCGCGGCUACUGUCUGCCGCAGGGCCUGCUUCUUCAAUACAUGUGCUGAGAAAUGUGUGGAGUGCACCACGAAAAACUGCGGCGAUCAGUUGCUUCAGUGCAGCGGCCGUCCAGUGCAGGAAUUUCCGCCAGCAUGUGCAGUGUAG